UUUCCACCUCAAUGUUACCGCCCUUAAAUUACAACACCGCGUGACUAUUACAGCCCACGUUACGGUUAUAACAAUCGCAGCUCACAUUACGGUGAUGAAAUCAACUUUUGUCAUUGAAAUUCAAACUGGCUGAUGACUGGCAUUCAUUACUUUUGCUUAGAAACUCUUUCGUUAGCUGUGAGAAUUUGAUGCCUUUUCUUCAUUAAAAAAGGAGCAAGAUGUCUGUGUCUGUUGUCUUGAAAAAUGUCUGUCAAAGAACUGGAGAAGUACCUCACUGGGAGGAAAGUACUAAAUCCUUGCUGUUUCUUGAUCUUGAACCUGGAGGUAUACACAAGUGGAAUUCCAUAGACAACACUCACACCAAGUUUGAAGCUGGUGGAAAUAUAGGCUUCAUCGUCCCUCGAGAAUCUGGAGGUUACAUCGUAUCCUAUUUCGCCCAAAUUGCUGAGUUUGAUUGGGAGAGUCGACAGGUGAAACCAUUCAUCACAGUAGAAUCAGAUAAACCUGGGAAUCGAUUCAACGAUGGUAAAUGCGACAGUUUUGGCCGACUGUGGACAGGUACAACCGCAGAAUACAAGGGUAUAUUAGAGGUGACUGAAGCUGGACAUUUGUAUAAAAUUGAUAAAGAUCUCUCAAUCCAUGCUGUCAGAGACAAGAUCAAUAUAUCUAAUGGCAUGGCAUGGACAUCAGAUGACAAAACCAUGUUCUACACCCAUUCUCUUCCAAGAAAAGUAUUUUCUUAUGACUAUGACAUAACCACAGGGGAGAUCUCCAGAAAACAAGUGGUUUUUGAUUUUGAAGGUAAAGAAUUCCUCGACUCUGGAAUUCCAGAUGGAAUGACAAUUGAUGUGAAUGACAAGAUAUGGCUGGCUUGCUUCUCCACCAGCCAAAUACUCCAGAUUGACCCAGAAACAGGCAAAAUUCUCAAAUCGGUCAAGUUUCCUGCAAGUCAAAUCACUUCCUGUUGCUUUGGAGGUCCAAACUAUGAUGAACUCUUUGUGACCUCAAGUGCUGACGAGUUAACAGAAAAACAGUUGCAAAAUGAAGAGAAACUUGCUGGAAGUGUGUUCAAGGUUACUGAAUUGGGGGCCAAGGGUAAAGCAGCUGCUGUCUUUCAGGGAUAGUCUACACCUCUCUCCAAGUAUAUAUGGUGAUUUAAAGAUUACAGGCAUUAUAAUUGUUUUGUGAAACAAAAACACAAUAAACAAAAGUAAGUUUGAGA